AUGGCAAACGGCCACGGACAUUCGAACGGAUCUAACAGAGAAUAUGAACUGAUUGUACGCCAAGAGCCGAAGCAGGCUCGAAUGUGCGGUGUAGGCACAAAAGCCGAUCGAAGACCGAUUGACCCGCCUCCAGUCGUACAACUGCGCGUUAUUGACAAAGGCUCCCGUUCUCGACGAAGUAGCUCCCCCGAUGACCGUGCCCACUACAAUCAAUCCUUCUUGCAAAAUCCGUACUACUUCAUGUACGCAUCACUGGCUAGUCCAGAUCGUGACGAGGAGCUGCAUUUACUCAAGGACGGCAAGACGCGCUGUACGACGGGCAGCGUCGUCAGCAGUCUGUACCAUCUAAAAGACCCGGAGGCGGACACGUGCCCAGCGUUUAACGGUGGAAAAGAAGAGGAUACGCUGGAUUCCCGGUUUUUGUUGUGGAGAUUGAACGCGUCUUCUUCGUGGGUUGCUGGCGAGUUGACCGUGUAUGAGCGCGGGCAAGGGCGGGAUGCUGGUUUCUUCGUCUUCCCUGACCUGAGCGUGCGGACAGAGGGGACUUACCGACUGAAGCUCACCCUCUUUGAAGUGAUCGGUGCAAAUGUGCACCACUGUAAAAGCAUUUUCAGUGCAGCAUUUUACGUUUACACAGCCAAAAAGUUCCCGGGCAUGGAAGAAUCGACCAACUUAUCAUGUGCACUUGCUGACCAGGGCAUUAAGAUCCGCAUUCGGAAGGACGUACGCAUCCGCAAGCGUCCCGUUGACCCGAACUGGUUUCAGCCAGUGCAGCGUGACGAUGCGAGCGAUGCGUCGGACGACGAAGGUGCACGAGAUCCAAAGCGUCAAAGAAAUGAGGCUGGUCCGCCGCCUCCGCCUCCGGCAGCGCCAAUGCCAGCAGCAGGGAGCAGUGGUGGUACGUGGGGGACAAUUGACCCGUCUUUACCGCCAACAGCUGCUCCACCGCCUCCUGCUCCCGCUCCCGAUUCGACACCGUACGAUCCCCGAGCAUUCAAUCCUGCACCUGCUCCUUCGGCGGCACCAGCGGCACCAGGAAACGGACAUCCGGAAUACCAUCCGCCGCAACCGCAACCGCAACCGCAUCAACAUGCACCGUAUAUGCCGCCGCCUCCUCAUCCUAGUGGAAUGUACGCAGGUGCGUAUGGUUGGGGACCUGUUCCUCCACCUCCGCCUCAUCUUCAUGCGCCAGGCUAUGGCGCAUAUCCUGGGUAUGACCAUCAUCGUGCACAGCCCUAUGGUGCUCCAGCAAUGCAUUAUGGCGUGCCGCCGCCUUAUGGAUAUUAUGACCAGCAUGGACAGUAUGUACAUCCGCCGCCGCAGCCACAGCAGCCUCCCCAACAGCAGCAGUCUCCUCAAGGCGAGUCGCCGAGGAGUGCUGGUGCGCAGAGUGCGGGUCAGUCGCAACAAGCAGCGUCCCAGCAAGGACGAAAAGAUUCGUAUCCACCACCUUCGGCUUCGACUCCGGGGAUGAUUCCACCUCCGACGGGAUAUGCUACGCAGGAUUAUGCAUAUGGUCGUCCACCGCCUGCAACUUCUUCAACUGCACCUAGUCAAGCAAGGCCAUACCACCCCUCUCCAGCUCCACCUCCGCAAAGUGCUCCCGGAGCAUCUGGCUCAGUACCCAGUGCUUAUUCGACGCAAUCGCAAGGACACAUGGGACAUUACCUUCCUCCGCAUCAGCACGCACCGUAUGGGUAUGCGCAGGGAGGAGAUGCGUAUUCGCAACAGCCCCAACAACCACAACAUCCGGCUCAGCAACAGCAACAGCAGUGGGGUCCGUAUGCGCCGAGUCCGUUUGGGGCGUAUGGGAGGCCGGGGUGGGGUGCGCCGCCUCCUGGAGCGGGGGCUGGUGAUCCGUAUGCGUAUGCUGGUUCUUCGCAGGCGGGAGGUGCGGGAGGUGGGUAUGUGAGACCUGGACCUGAGGAUGGGGGAAGGAGAAGUCCGCCUGUACCUAGUAUCUCUAGUCAAGGCCGAACGUUUGCGACUAGUGCGGGGUCGCCGCAACGCGCGUCGGCGAAUGGGAAUGGGAGUGCGAGUGCUGUGGCGGGGAUGGGAGCAGGUGCGAGUCCAGAUAGGAUACAGCUUGCGCCGCUCCGACAGGGUGGCGGUGGUGGGGGUGCAGCAGAACAGACGUAUGGAGCGCUUGGGAAAAAGAACCCGUUGAGUAUUGGAAGUAUUAUUUCGGAUGAGAGCUAG